CUUCCAGGUUCUUUGGGCGACGCUGCUGGGUUUGCUUUCUUCCUCUGGGACUGAACCGUUGGCUCGAGUGUGCUUGUGAAUUAGAGAAAAUAACCACCCCUUUGCCUCUGUGCCAAUCAAAAGUGAUGCUGUUUCUGUGGACCUUCCCCUCCUGCCAUGAUAAAAAGACAGGAUGCUGAAGCAAAUUAAGCCCUUCAGCAGCUGCAGCAGAAGCCCAAGAACAAAACCAGCAUCAUGAAGAACCCAAUGUAUGAAAAAGUAUCUUUGUUCCUGGAGAAGUUUUUUCUGCUUGCCAACUUUAAACUUUUCACUGUAGGCUCCAGUGCAGAGGAGGAAGAAAAGAGAAAACAUGCAAUUUCUUAUGACAUUAGUUACUUCAAGCCAGGUGAUUUGCUGGAGGUGCCCCGCACUCUUUUCAUUCACUUUGGCAUCUACCUGGGUGACAACAUGGUGGCCCACCUCAUGCCAGACAUUCUACCAGUUUUUACCAGUGACCACAGACAGAUCCAGAAGGUGGUGACCAAUAAGAGACUUAUUUUGGGUGUUAUUGCUAAAACAGCCAGUAUCCGUGUAGACACCGUGGAUGACUUUGCCUAUGGCGGCUAUAUCCUGGUGAACCACAUGGACGUACUCUUCAAGAAUAGCGUGCUAUGUGGUGAGGAGGCUGUUUGCAGAGCCAAGAAGCUGGUGGGUACGACAGAGUACAGCUUGCUUUGGAACAACUGUGAACAUUUUGUGACCCACUGCCGAUAUGGCACUCCAGUCAGCUUCCAGACAGACAAGUUCUGUGAAAUCGUGAAGAUGAUCAUUCGGGACCAGAGGAGUGUCCUGGCUUCGGCGCUGCUGGGACUUGCUUCUAUAUUUUACCUGGGUCUGGCACCUUCCACCACUCUCCCCACCAUCCUUAUUCCAUUCACUUUGUGGAUGGUUGGUUAAUUCCCUCCUCCUCCCAGUUUCUUGGCUGAUGUAUAUAAAAAUGUAUUUAUGAAAACUCAAACUACUACACAGUGUUGUAUACAGAGAAAAAAGUGCAACUUGUAAUUUUGUACUGAUAUAAAUGCAUCAUUGUCCAGGACACAGUGAACAAGGAAUAGCUUACUAUGUAAGCCAAAGACUGAAUUUCCUGAAAAUCUUUCUGGAAGGUAUCUUUGAAAGGGCUAACUUGGAAGAAAGCAUACUACAGGCUGCCAGCCUAAGCUUGGACACAGAAGUCUCAUUGACACUAACUAAAACUUAUUCCCAAGUAUUAGAAGAGCUGUCUUUAUGGACUAGAAACAACCAUGGCUGAUGCAAACAUGCUACUACUAGGCAGUUUCUCUUCCAGUUGGACUCUGUUUCUUAAUCAACUCCAACCCAGUGUUAUUGCUGGGGAUAAAGUAAACCAAGUUGUGGUUUUAUUGUUGCCUGCUUAUCAAUUCCUAGCUGUCUUCCAUCUGCUCUUUUCCAUUUCCACAAAGCAGGAAGUUAAACUUAACAAGUUCUUAUUCCUUUUAAUUACACGUCCCUCUCUCUCUAUCUGUCCUACCUUUCUGACCAGGUUUAGGUGCAUAGAAAUCUGUAAUUGCUCAUGUUUGUCCUUGCUCCUAAAUGCCAAUGAAUCCAAUAUAAAAAGUCACCCAUGGCCUCUAGAAACCUCAAGAUUAAAACCGUUUGGCUGGCAUAAGUGGCCAAGACGCUGUCUAAUAAGUGUACCAGGGAAGACAAAAGGGUGGGACAUAGCUUUGUAUUUUUCUUUCUUUUGGUGGGACCAGGUGCCAUGGAAAGCAUAAGCUGGCGCUGGUUGAUCACUACUAUGGACUAUACAUAGGACUGGCCCUUCUUUGUGGCCCAGUGAAAGCAAUCCAUCUCAAGGGCAGAAGUCUGGGUACCACUAAAAGGCAGCAAACUCAGUUAUUUACAGAAUCAUGCACUCCAGUCUAAACCAGUUAAUUUCAGUGGAUUUAUUAUGAAAUAACUUCACAGGAGUUUAUGGUAAAUUUCUUGAAUUUUGGUAGGGUGAGGUAGUAGUGUAAAGAAUUUCUACCUGAGAUACAAAACUAUCUUAAGCUGUGUUUGAUUGGCUUUGCAGUCCCAAUAGACACAACCAAAAUUUCAUGCCUGUCUCUAAAAUACAGAAGUGUUUUUGAUUGCAUAAAUCUGAUGAAUUUCUGAAUUUGAACUGGUCUUCUUGCCAGUUCAACAUGUUCUGUCACUGAUUGCUUGGAUGCCACAUUACUUUCUUUUUGUAAUGAAAAAAAAUUAAAUGAGUGUUUUCUAUGAUAAAUGACAGAAUGUGUUCCAAUCCUGAUAAAGCUGUGAGAUUGUA